AUGUUUUACAACGUAUUCUUCGUCGCUCUCCUCACCGUUAUCAUCACAAGUAAGUGUUUUUUACGUUUUUGGCCGUGUUUUUGGGUACUUGUCUGAUUGACCUUGCCUUAUUUGCUUUUUUGGUGUCCUGUACAUAAUUUUUUCCCUUUUGAUUUAUGGCUGAUGUUGUUUUAGAUGGUUUCAAGAUUCCAAUUCCAUUUGGGUCGAUUGAUUACGAAAAGGACAAAGAUGGUAACGUGGACGCGGGCAUCAAUUCGGACAUCAACAUCAUGGGCAGCGGCGCCAGUUCAGGCUUCAACGUCGAGAAGGAGAAGAAUGGAACUUUUGCUUUGAAACGUAAGUUAUUCAUUUUAAUUUUAAUUUGUAGUUAUAGGUAAAAAAAAGCUUGUCUAUUUUUAAUUUUAUAAUGUUUAAACUUCAUAAACUCAGUAUGUUACUGUUGCUUUAACUACGUUGAAAGAAUUUUCGUGAAUAAGCUAAUGAGUAAUAUAAACAUUUAUGCUUUUACUUUUUUGAACACAUUCUGGCAUUUUUGCCGAAAAAACAAAGGAAAUUGUGUUUAUAAUGGUCUUUUCAGCUCAGCUUGGAAUAACUGCCAACAAUACCUAUUACGGCUCGAACUCGACUUUCGGAGUGGACAAAGAAAAGGGAAUCCAAGCCGAUUCUGAUGUUGAAGCCGGAAAGAACACGUUCCAUGGUGGAGUUGGCAAGGAAUCACAAUUCAUUAACGAAGUUGGUACAGCCGUCGAGGAAAAGAAGAAGAAUCGUCACAGAAGACAUUAA